AUGGCAGCCCUGGGAGCAGGCCGGGAGGUCCAGCCAUCGCUGGCCUACCGCACAGUGCUCUGUAGAUAUUUCCAGAGCGGCUACUGCCCCGCUGGGGAAAGCUGCACUUUCAUUCACUCUUCAGAAGACAGCAUCACCCCGGCCACGCAGCAGUGCAAGAAUUUCCUAAUGGGCUCCUGCAAGAAUGGCAUUAAUUGCCCAUUUGCCCAUUCAACCCCUCACUCCUCUUCGAGCCAGCGGCAGCAGCAGCAGCGGCAGCAGCAGCAGCAACAGCAACAGCAACAGCAGCAGCAGCAGCAGCAGCAACAGCAACAGCAGCACCUGCAGCAGCAGCAGCCGCACCUUACCUACGGAAGCCGACCAAGCUCCGCUACGGGAGUGAACGUGGACUACAAAAUGGGAGGCGUUGGAGCGUAUUCGUCUUGGCUGCAACCAGGUGCGACGGUCGCCAGCCCUCACCACCGGCUGCAGCAGCAGCAGCUGCAGCAGCAGCAGUUGCAGCAGCAGCAGCUGCAGCACCAGCAGCUGCAGCACCAGCAACUGCAGCAGCAGCAGCUGCAUCAGCAGCAGCUGCAUCAGCAGCAGCUGCACCAGCAGCAGCAGCUGCAGCAGCAGCAUGUAGCCUAUGGGCACGUCAAUCCCUACGGGGAUUUAGACGGCUACGGGGCGCAGCAAGGAGCCCCACAGUAUUCAGUUGCUGCUGCUGCUGCUGCUGCUGCUGCUGCUCCUGCUGCAGCGUACGGUCAGCUGCCGUAUGCAGCAGCAACUGAUCCUGCUGCUGCUGCUUCAGAAGCAGCAAUGUAUCACCAGUCAAGAUACCUAGCAGCAGCACCAGCAGCAGCUCCGGUAACAGCAGCAGCAGCACCUUACGGCGGCUACCCGGGCCAUUCGCCCUAUGCAGCAGCAGCACCAGCAGCAGCAGCAGCAGGCCCUUAUGCAGCAGCAGCUGCUGCUGCUUACAACUCCCCACUGGCCCACCCCAAGGCCAAAACCAAAAUGUGCACUUUCUGGCCAGACAGAUGCAGAAAAGGAGACCAGUGCCCGUACAUACACGGCAGCGAUGACCCACUACACGUUGGGGGCCCCGCAGCGCGCAUGCAAGCAGCAGCAUAUGCGUCCAUGGCAGCAGCACACAACCAAGCAGCAGCAGCUUAUUACCCCCCUCCUCCUCUGCAUGCAAAACGCCCGCGGCCGCCGCCGACCGUCAUCGGCACAAAGUUCUGCAAAUUCUUUCUUGUUGGCCAGUGCACUCGGGGCGUAGAGUGUACAUUCUCUCACGACCAGCGGGUGAGGGAGAGAGAGGAGCAGCAGAAGAAGCACCAGGAAAUGCUGCAGCAGCAGGAGAAGCAGCAGCAGCAGCAGAAGCAGCAGCAGGAGAAGCAGCAACAGCAGCAGCAGCUGCCGCCUGCAAAACGGUCCCGCAUGGCGCCAGCCCUGAAUAAUGGUGCAGCGCAACAGCAGCAGCAACAGCAGCAACCACAGCAGCAGGAGCAGCAGGAGCAGCAGCAAGAGCAGCAAACGGCUGCAACGGAGCAGCAGGAUGCUGCGGGUUGGACGCAGCAGCAAGGGGAGGGGCAGCAGCAGCAAGAGCAGCAGCAGCAGCAAGAGCAGCCGCAGGAAGAGCUACAGGGAGGCGCAGCAGGCACACUGCUGCCUGAGGAGCAGCAGCAGCAAGAGCAGCAGCAGACGGAGCAGCAGCAGCAAGAAGGAGGUGCAGCAACUCAAGAAGCAGCAGCAUGA